CGUGUCCCAGUCACGGGGUAUCUUACUCGUGUCGGUCUCUUUACGGCACAUCUUAGCAAACGGCCUUCCUCUUUUGACCUCCAGCCUGACUGCAAGCCAAUAAUUCGGCAUCACUAGACCGAGAGGUGGAUUGCCAACUAGGCCAUCCAUUGAUUCUGGUGGACAUGAGGGUCGCUGGUUCUGACUCGGACGACGGGAAUAGGGCGUAGACACGAAAGGGGCGAGAAUGACACGACAAAGCGAGCGUACGAAAAAUCAAGAAGGGUACGCGAAGAUUGGACAAAGGUGUAUUCAGUCCUGGAGCGUCGUGGGCAUAUAAAGCCUUGGCUGUUCUGCUGAAGCUCAAGGCUAUAGAUCCUUUUGUCUCAUCAGAUCAACUGCGCUCAUCAUCAUACUCCCAACUUGUCUUAUACAGCUUUUUCUCUCACAUCCGUUUCAUCCACCUUCACCGGCCUACCAUAAAACCACCUCGUCACCAAAAGCAGAAAAAGCCGCCAACCCAACGCGACCAUGCAGAUCUCCAACAUCCUCGCCGCCACCCUCCUCGCCAUGAGCGUCUCGGCCCAGAAGAGCGGUCCCAACGGCAAGCGUAUCUGCGUCGGUGGCGCCAUCUCGUGCGAGUACCAGAAGGGCCGCUGCGCCAACAUCUGCGGCGACUCCCCCGCCAACGGCUCCGGCACACCAGCCUUCAUCGACCCCGCCUGCUCGUGCCCCGAGGGCCAGGCCGACAACAAGUACACCGGCGCCGCCUGCAUCGACGUCGUCCGCGCUCUCGCACGCCAAGGGUGCUGAGCGUGGUCUUCGUGGCGUUGUCAGUAUGGCAUAAGAGAGUCAGGACAGCUAUGAAACUGGGAGAAUAUUGUGCGGAAAGGACAUCCGGUGACUGAUACCAGGGGUUCAAUCGGAAAAGCAGACAUGUCACAUAUACCAUCAAUUUCGGGGACACAACAUUUGAUAGAUAAGUUUGUCACAUUUUCGUAUGUUUGGGUUGGUCAUCCUCGAGAAUACAACAAGAAGGCGUCCUCAGGUAUCGACAAAACGGAUAGCAGCACGGCUAUCUCAUUUCCCAAGUGACCAUAUCCGAGCCUCUGUCGUUCUCUACUUUAAUCUUCUUGAC